CAUAUCACCAACCCGCUUCUGAGUGUUAGCUUCUCGCACUUGCUUCAGCUACCAGACCGGAUCUGUUCGGCGCAUAUCGAGAGGGAGCGGUGCUGGCGCUGCAGAAGCUGGCGCGGUCCUGAGUGUUCGACUAAGUCCUCGUGCCCCCCAUCUUCAGCAUUUAAUAGGGGCAGAUGCCUGCGGCCGAGCACAUCAACACCACACUCGGCGGGCCGCUCGCGACACCUCCCAGAGCGGACGACCAGACACGCGAGGAACCCAUGCAGCGGGCAAGUGGAGACCAUUGCAGGAGGUUGUGAGAGCUGAGCUGAGCCAGCGGCGGGCGACUACAUGAUGCUUGCCUCUUUUGGCCAAAACCUAAACCUAGCCGGUGGACUGGACGCUCUGCAUCAGCAGGUGGCGCACGAGCGGCCGCAGCACCCGCUAUGCACCAUCUGCGGGGCUACGGAGGGCGGCAAGAAUGUCAAGCGCGAUCACGCCACGUCGGUUGGGCUGCUGCUGAACGAUCUGUGCGGGUUGGAAGGCACCCAGGUGACGCGCUAUCACAGCCUGGACACCAUGAUCUCCAAGAUAAAAUACAUGGUCGCCAACACGCCGCCGGAGCAGCGGGAGAGCAUGUGGCGUGUCGGCGACCGGCCGUUGUGCAACAGUUUCGUGUGCCCCUGCUGUGGCCGGCUUCUGCCCGCCACGGAGGCCAAUGCGCACAUGGUCGCGGCGCUGACGGCCAUCGAAAAAUUCCUGGACGAGCAGAGCCGGCGGCGCUUCGGGGCGUCAAAGCAGCGAGGCGACCUGGCGGCCAGGCGGGCCAUGCGCGAGAUGCUGCUGGUGCAGAUUGCGAAUUUCAGGCCUACACAGGACGGCGGCACGAGAGGGGGCAGCGAAAACCGCUCGCCUCUCCUAGAGACGGGCAAGCACUGGUGUGGCUCUCCUCCAAUGACGCCGGAGGACCAAAGUUUGGUUGCAGAGUACCAGCGUUUCUUUCUUCAGAUGUGGACACAAGCCAACAACCACGAGACCAACAGCAGCAGCGGGCGACCGCCAUCGCAGCUGCCAGGGCACUCGGCGCUGCCCGCGCCGGCGGCAUCGGGUAACAGCGGUCUGGGCAUCCUUGCAGCGAUGCAGGCCAGUUACGGAAAGCGCGGGAUUGGUGCGGACGCCUUUUCCUCGGGCAGUGCAGGGCCCGUGGACGCCUUGCAGCAGCUGCGGCAGCUUGGAGCACCGCCAUUGCUAUUCAACCCCAGCUACGCAGCCGGGGGAUCCGGCCCCCGUGAAGCGCCAGGGUCCUUCAGUGUAGGCGGCUCUUGGGCGCCGUCGGCAAGCGUUGCUGCCAAUGCCCCCUUGCCGCUCAGGCAGCGUAAUGCUGGCGGUGGCUCUGAGCCCGCGGCGUCCCGGCACUCGGAGGAUGCCGGUCUGCGUUCAGCUGACGCGGCGCUGAUGGAGAACACGUCAGCUGCACUGGCCAGCGGCUCGGCUUGUAUUGACGGCAGCAGUAGAAAGCGCCAGUGGGAAGACGCAGGGAACUCCGGUGGUGUUGGGCCAGAGCAUGCCAUACCCGUCCCGUUGAAUUCGAGUGUAAAGCGCACGAAGCUGGAUACGGAGCAAAACCUCGCCUUGGAAAAUGCCAUUUAUCGGGGGAAUUCGAUCGACAAGGAAGGGGACCGGGCAGCGGGUCUGGACCAUGCGGCGGCGUGGGCGCAGGCUGCCGUAGAGGACGCCACGGGUGGCGCACGCCACGGUGGCGCGGCACGGAAUGUGGAGGAGGAGGAGGAGGAGGAGCACCUGCAGGGGCAGCAGCAGCAGCAGGCGCUGCGGGAGCUGCGGUCGGGUCCGGUGCAUCCCGCUGUGGAGCAGGUGCAGCAGAUUGAGUACCGGCACAGCCUGCCGGUGCUCCUGCCCCAGGCACCGCCGCCCCCUACUGCGCCCGCGCAGCAGGCGGCGCAGCAGCCGUUCAUGCUGCGGCUUGCGCCCCUGCCGCGGCUGCCACCACAGCAGCCCGAGAAUGACGAGGAGGCGAAGCCGCAGGUUGAGGUGGUGCAGCGUGUGGUGCUGGAUCAGGAGCCGCAGCCGCAGCCGCAGGAGGGGCGCCGCGAGCAGCCGCAGGUGCAGCCUGAGGAGCAGGCGCUGCAGCAGCAGCAGCAGGCGGACAGGCACCGUGACAACAUACAGCAGCAGCCGCGCAGCCUCCUGCAGCAGCAGGCCCAUACCUCAGAGUCACUACCCGCGCCGCACGCGGGGCAGCAGGCCCGAGAGCAGCACGCGGCGGGCCUGGAGCAGCAGCUCAGACCAGACCGAGGACCAGACGAGGCACCAGACCAGGCGCUGCAGGCCGCAUCGGGGCCCAUGCACAGCUCGCUGGCGAAUGCGCUGCGCGCCGCGAUGCCUCGGCUGCAGCGUCCGGACGGCCUGCGCGAAGUGCCGGCGGAGGCGCAGGAGCCGCAGGUGCCGUCGUGGCGUGAGGCCUCGGGGCCCGAGGCCUUGGGGCCGGGGCCCGGGCCGGGCCGGAAGCUACAGUGGCAGUCGCCAAGGCUGGAGGCGGAGCCCCAGGCCCUGCGGUCAGCGCACGCCGGCGUGAAGCUGGAAGGCGAGCAGGGCGACGUAGAUGAGGACUACGGCUUGGAUGCGGGCCAGGCGGCAGCCGGGCCAGGGCUGACGGGCCCUCAGGCCUGUGCGCUGCCGCCGCAGCUGAUGUUGCAGGGUGGUGGCUUCGGCGCGGGGCUGCUGCCGCAGGAUGGCGCGGCUGCCCUUUCCAUGGCCCGCAGCAGCGGCGGCAUGGAGCGCAGCCGCGCGAGCGGUGGCAGCUUGCUGCCUGAGGCCUCGCCGGAGCCGGAGGCGUCGCUGCCGAAGCGGCGGCGGCCGCUGCAGGCCUGCCCGUCGUGCCACAAGGUCCUGUCCCACGCCCAGUACUACGUGCACCUCGCCGACAUAAAGCGCGCCGGGAACUGCCGCGGAGCCGAGCGUGCCGUCACAGGGCUCAUGGGCGGCCGCGUUCGGUUUGAUGGCCGAGUCGCAUCGGUGCCACCCCUCCGGUUCGGGGCGGGCCCGGCGGAUUCGGCUGCCGCUGCGUCGUCACAGCCGCUGCUGGAGGCCGCCGCCGAUACCACGAUGAUCACCGGCUCCUCGCCGCCCGACCCGUUCGCAGCCGCAACGGCCCGUGGACCGCUGCUGCCGCCCGCACUGCAAAACACCAUACCGCUGCCGCCCAUGCUGCCGCCCUUGUCACCGGGCCUGCCGCCGGCCCAAGCGCUACCGCUGCUGCUGCCACCGGCACCUCUUCCUGGCGCCGAGGGCUUGGGCGUCCCCACGGGUGGCGCGGUGGCUGCCGGGCCCAGCAGUAGCUCGCUUCUACUGCCUGGCAGGGACUCAGAGCUACAGCCGCCGCCGCCCGGCAGCUGGGCACCUGCCAGCAGUGCGCCAGCGCCGCAGGACUUCGACGCGGUGGAGGGCGACGUCCGCUGCAGCAUCUGCAAGAUCCAGGAGGGUGGUAAGAACCUGGAGCGCGACCACGCCACGUCCAUGGGCUUCCUCCUUUGUGACCUGUGCGGGGUGAGCGAGGCGCUAGUGUCGCGGAGCCACACGGUGGACGCCAUGCGCGAGGAGGUGAAGCUGAUGCGGCUGCACACGCCGCCCAGCCAGCAGCUGCUGUGGCAGGUCGGCGGCAAGCCGCUGUGCUGCUGCUUCGUGUGCCCCUGCUGCAACCGGCUGCUGCCCUCGGGCGACGCCAACAAGCACAUGGUGGCGGCGCUGGACGCCGUGUACGUGUUGCUGAGCGAGGCCGACAAGGCGCGCUUCACGGACAAGCUCAAGACGCGCGGCGACCUGGCGGCGCGGCGGGCCAUGCGCGAGAUGCUGCUGGAGGGGCCCGUGGACCGCUGGGCCGAGGUGCAGGGGCUGCGCUUGUGCGGCAGCCCGCCCAUGACGCGAAAGGAGGUGGAGGCGCAGCAAGGCUACGCGAGCUUCCUCCAGACCCUGUGGCACGCCGCCACUGGAAUGCCGGACGACGGCCGCCUUGCCGCGAUGGAAGCAGCGGUCAUGGCGGUAUCGGCUGCCGCGGCCGCGGCCGCUGACGCCGUUGACUCCAGCCGAUUGCUCGGCGGCGGUGGUGAUGGUGGCGGCGGCGGCGUGGACGCGGCUGAGCUGACAUGGCAGUCGCCGGCGGCGCAAGGAGUGCAGCAGCUGCCUACACUGCCGCAGGCGGGCAGCCGCAGCAGCGGCGGUACGCUCGCUCCAGCGUCGCUUGGUGCGGGCUCCAUGGAGGACAGCCAGUUCAGCCAUCCUGCCGCGGACCGCGGGGCCCCGGGCAUGACUGGACCCGGCUCGCAGCCGCCGCCGCCGCAGCAGCGCAUGCCUGCACUGCCGCUGCCGGGGGUGUUGCCCACAGGGCUGGAGGUGCCUGGUCAGCACCACGCAGGCGGCAUACGGCUGGUCAGCGAGUGUGCGGUGUGCGGCCACUCGCCCAACUGGCCCGAACUGCAACUGGGCCAGUGGCCGCCCAUAUACCACCUGCGCGCCGUCGCCCUCAUCCUGAACGAUGCGCUUCACAUGCCCGACCUGCUGCGGCUGGCGGAGGCCGACCCCGACACCGCCAAGAAGGUGGUGGGCGCCAUGUGCUCGCCCGCGGGCACCAGGUCGCCCUGGCAGCUGGCCGGCAAGCCGCUGUGCUGCUGCUUCCCCUGCCCAUGCUGCGAGCGGGUGCUGCCCUACGGCACCGCCCACCGCCACAUGCUGGCGGCGCUGCUGCACCCACAGGUCUGGAAGCAGCUCACGCCGCGGCAGCACGCGCGUGUACAGCAGAUCGAGCAGCUGCCGCAGCCCGCAGACACGCUGCUUGGCGCGGCGCCGCAUGACGUCAUGCCGCCGGAGCUGUCGGCCAUGGACUGCCUGGAGCUGAUGCGCGGCAUGCUGCUGGGCGUGAUGGCGGUGCACCACAGCGCGCUCAGAGGCACGGAGCGCUGCCUGUGCGGCGCCGACCGCAUGACCGAGCUGGAGGUCAUCGAGCAGCGGGCCGCCUUGGCAGGCCUGCAAGCCGCUGGGACCUCACUGGCCGCCGCCAGUGAGCUGCCCUCCAGUCGGCAGGGAAGCGCCGCGGCCGUAGCAGCAGUGGCGGCGGCAACAGCGGCAGCGGCCACGGCCGCCGCUGCAGCCGCCACAGCACCUGCCGGUCGCGGCGUGGUAGAGGCAGGAGAGGCCGCCGUCUCGCAGCGGGUACCGCUGGCGCUGCCGCCGCCCGGCAUGGCGCCAUCGGGACUUGAGGAUAUGCCCAGUCUGCUUCAGCAGGCGGCGAGAGCAGCCACUCAGUCGUGGCCGCCAUUGCCAGCCGGCGGUGGCAGGCCGGGGCUGCCUGGCGCAGUGGCAAGGGCGCCGCCGCUGCCGACGUCGCUGCUGGCAGGCGGAGCGGGUCUGCGGCUUCAGCAGCAGCGGCAGCUGGUGGAUAUGAACCAGAGGGCCGCAGGCGCGCUGGCGGCAGACGGCGACAGCUCCGGGCGCCGCGGCCAGCCGCAUUACGGUGCUGGCGCUGGCGGCAGCGUGGAGCCGGCCUUGGUAUAUGGCGGCGGCCGCGCGGUGUCGCUUGGAAAUGGGCGGGCAGGGCCUCCAGGGGAGACCGGGCAACGCGGUUGGGAUCCACCCAUGGGCGCGCUGCUGCAGCACCUGGCCCGUGCCUCCGCCUCCACGCAGCCCACAGCCGCCCCAGCAGCCCGGCCGCCGGCUGCAGCGGCAGCGGCGCCCAGCGCCCCCCAGCGGCGGCCGCCGCCGAGGCCAACGGUGGACGAGGCCGCCGGGCCCUUGGAUGGAUUGGAGGAGCAGGGCGGCGUGCCGGGCGGUGGUGCGGGCGCCUCCGCCAGCCUGCAGCUGGUCACGGCGCUGCUGAAGCAGCUGCCGCGAGAGCAGCUGCAACACGUGCUGCGGGAGGUCAAGGCGGAGGCGGACGAUGACCUGGCGGCGGGGGCAGGCGAGGCAGGGGCGGCGGGCGGCACGCCGGGUGCGAACAUACCUCCGUACCUGGCAGAGCAGCUGGCGGCGUCAGGGGUGGACCUGACCAGUCGGCCUGUGCAGGCGCCGCGGCAGCAGCAGCGGCAGCGACAAGGCCGCAAUGUAGCGCCGGCGUCGUCGUCAGUGGCAGGACCCGGGCCCGCGGGCGGCGCCCUAGGCGCAGGCAGGGGAUCUUCAGGCCAGCGCUCAAGGCAGCAGGACCGAGACGCUGCUGAAGAGGAUGCGCUGUCCGUCCUGAUGACGCUACGUGACCAGGGGAUGUAGGGGGACCGACAGCGCCCUGCACUGCAGCCGCUGGGCUGCUGGCAUCCGCAUUACUCAUCGCAGGCCCGGUGGAUGCAGAUGCAGGGGCGCUGCGAUCGAGGCCAUCGCUGCCACCACUGAUGGAGGCAGCGGCGGCGUCAUACCCUGCAUGGUGACCACUGCUGGCAGUAGCAGCGGCACUGCUACUGCCACUGCUAGCGCUACUGCCACGACCUCGGGCGCCCAUGCCUAGUCCCAGCCCCAUGCCCAAGCGCCCCAUGUCGCCUAACACGGUGGGCGGAUAAAAGGGGCCGUACACCUCCCACGACGACCCGUCGCCAUCGUAAGCGGCCCCAGAGCCGCCAGCCGCCUCCGCAGCUGCGGUCGCAGCAGCUUCCUGCGGCUUCGGGUUGCGGCGCCGGUUGGCGGGCUCUGCGACGCUGCUCUUGGAGCCCAGGCUGUUGCUGUACGCGCGCCUGGUGCUACUGUUGCUGCUGCUGCUGCUGCUGCUGCUGCUGCUGCUGCUGCUGCUGGAGGCAAGACCUGUGGCUGGCGCAGUACACGUUCAACGGCAACCCGCAGACCGCCAGCGGCAGCCUGCACGGCAACGUGUUCCCGUUCACGUCACCCCAGAUCACCGUCAUCAGCGAGACGCGGCUGCAGCUUGGUGGGGGCUCCAUGGAG